AAAUAUUCACUUACAUUUCCUCUAUUUUCUCUCUUCAUCUUCGUCUUCCUCUCAAAACCCAUUUCCUAAAAUCUUCUCACAAAUGAAGACCUUCACUUGCUUGCUUCUCAUGGCGACUUUGCUUCUCUCAGGAACAGGAUCCCUCUCCUCUGCAGCCAGAACUGAACCCAACUCAUCAAAGGCCAAGCACACCAAUCCAAAACACAAAGCUGGUGGAAAUGAUGCUGGGAUUGGUGGAUUCUUUGGGCCUGGAUCUGGGUUUGGUAUGCCCGGGUUUGGAAAUGGGAUUAUUGGUGGCGGGUAUGGAGCUGGAUAUGGAGGUCCGAAUGGAGGGUACUCAAAAGGUGGUAUUAUAAGGCCUACUGUGAUAUGCAAAGAGAGAGGUCCUUGUUACAAGAAGAAACUUACAUGUCCUGCAAAGUGUUUCACUUCUUAUAGCCGGUCAGGGAAGGGCUUUGGAGCCGGUGGCGGCGGUGGUGGAUGCACCAUGGACUGUAAGAAGAAGUGUAUUGCUUAUUGUUAGAGGAAGAAGAAGGCGUUGGACGGUGGCUGGCCCUAGUUUCUGCUAUAUAUUAAUACUAGUAGAUGAAGAACGUGAUCCGGUUUAAUAUCGAGUAAAUGCCACGAGUGACGAGUCUUUAUAUAUAUAAACUCAUUCGAGUUACUGGUUUUUCUGAGAUUUUCCUUUCCCCUUUAUUCUGAUCUUUGGUGUUAUAUAUAAACUCAUUUGAGUU